GUUGUGGGGAGACUAGAAGAUUGAAUAAGGUGAAGACUACGGGAAAGGAAACAAGGCUGAAAGUGCGUGGCAUUGGAAGUUACAAAGGACGGAAAAAUACAAGCUAAUGUACAUUGACGGAAAGGUUGAAGGCAAACAUGUAAAUCUUACAGAAUAAUUGGAGUGCGUGUGAAAGAGAAUAAAGGAGAAAACUGAAACCGAACAAAGAGCAGGUUCCUGAGGAAAGAAUGAUAGGCAAGAAAUAAAAGAACAACUACUGUGAAAAGUGUUUCCCCAAGAUGUCAGAAGAUCUCAAGAAGAGAUUAGAAUUUCCAAACUCAUUAAUUCAGACACAGGCGGUGACUCAGCUCAUUGCAUCUGUGUUAAAAGAAAAUGUCUCAUUGGGGAAGAUAAAACAGUCUUCAAAUCAGACCCCAGCUCUGAAUAUUCUUUGGGAGAAGUGCUGCAGUAAUAAUGUGGUUGUAAGGACAGCAUGUUGUGAAGCAUUGGUGCUACUGGUUGAACAGGAUCAUGCUGAUUUCGAUUAUGUUCUUAAUGGAAUUUUGAACCUUAUACCUUCUGCUGGGACUGUACAAGGACUGCUGAAAUGUGUAUGGCGCCUCCUAUAUACUCAAGCAAGGAAUGCAGAAAAGGAUGGGGAACACAAAGAUUUGGGCAUUUAUAAAAUUUGGAACCCCCCUCAUCCAUUCAUCAGCAUACUGGAAAACAGACCAGACUGUUGGCCUGCACUUCUGCAGCAGAUUUCUACUUUGCCUCAGCUGUGUCAUGAAAGCUGUCCUUCAAGCAAUGUUUAUUUUAUGGCGUCGUUUUUGAGGUACUUGUAUUGUGAACCCUCCCAGCUACAAGAGUACUCUGCCCUUCGAAUAGGUCUCAGAAAAGCUUUAGUUAUGGUAUCGGGGAAGAGUGGGUCCAACAAUCCGUCAAAACCAGAAGAGCACAUUCUUCGGAUUUUCAUUGACAUGAUGGGCUACAUUCAGUUUUUGGAUUCAACUCAAGUUACUGAAGCAACUUUGUACAUAAAAGAUUUAUGCAGAAGCCUCCACCUGCAUCCAGAUUUCUGGAGAAAUGAGCUCUCUGCAGUUUGCUUGCAGGCCUUAUGUGCAUGUGAGGCAAGCUUAAAAAUUGCAGGAGACUGCUCUACACUAAUAGAAAUAUUGGAACAAAAUUCAGAUCUGCUUGGUGAGAGCUUUCCCACAGAACAGGUAUUAAUUGGACUCAGUUUACUAUUGCUACAAUCACCAGCUAGCCAGCAAAAACUAAUCUUAAAGUUGGUAAUGAAGAUUCUGUCAUUCAGAGGGGAAAACAAUUUUCCAUCAAUCGUCCAAGUGUUAAUUAUGCCACUCCUCCAAAUUUUAUCUACCUCAGCGCUGGGAUAUUGUUUCUCUGAUGAUGGUGGAAGCUCGAGAGAGCAGCUGGCUACUAGUCUUCUGGAAAUGGUUCAGAAUGCUGACUGUAGUGGGGAAAGGAGACUGAAUGAUGUAUCACUUCCUCUUCCUGUAACAACAUGGCAUUGUUCAAUGGCUGCUACAUUGAACAUACUUAACAAGUUUCAAGAUGACCAUUCUGCAGCACGUGACUGGCUGUCUUCCAUAUCUUCGAUGCUGGCCCCCAAUACUCAAGUUCCUGUCAAUGUUUCACUUUUGCUAAGUUUCCUUCUGAUUAGAGAAUCUGAUUAUGGCUUGCGUAAUGUUUUGAAAGUCAUCACUGAUGUCUCCAAAGCUGAUUCAUCUCAGGUUCCAUAUUUAGUUCCAGUUCUAAUGUUGAGACUUGGACAUUCCUUGGCACCAGAAUCCUCCAGAGACAUUCUGUACACUUUGCCUACCCUGGGCACCCACAAGGUAUGUGUGGCUCAGAUCUUGCGAGUCUUCCAAAUGUUAGGAAGUACUUCAAAGCUUCAACCCAUUGCGCUUCGUCUUAUGACAUCUUUGUGGGAGAAACAGGACCGAAUCUAUCCAGAAUUACAGAAGAUGAUGGCCUUAUGUGACACUCAGUCAUUAGCCACUGGGAAAGACACAUUGUGGGAAAAGAUGUUGGCAAAAGCAGCAACUGUCAGAGAUAUCUGCAGACAGAGGCCAUAUCAGCAUGGGGCAGAUAUGCUGGCUGCUAUAACGCAAGUUUUACAUGAAUGCACAAAAGCCGACCAAGCUACUCCGGCUGCUUUAGCAUUGCAGGGUCUUCAUGCUCUCUGUCAAGCAGAGGUUGUAGACAUUCGCUCUGCCUGGAAUGCUCUUUCCUCCAAACUUAGUUGUGAAACACGUCCCCUUGUCCUCAAAGUGUUACAUGAACUUUUUGCAUUGGUCCCUUCUUUGACUGUUGAUACAGAAGAAUAUCAGAAAUUUAAAACUGAGAUUAUCGGUAUCCUUUGGAGGCACACUCAAAGUAAGGAUCUCAAUGUGAUGGUUUCUGCAUACAAAUCUUUAUGUGAGUUUGAGGCUGAUGAGCACUCCAUUCUUCAUAUUCCUGAGCAGGCAAGGCCUGAGGUGGCACCUAAAGAUGAAUCUGACCUGGCUAGUGAAGAAGAGGAGAAAGAAACUGACAUUUCUAUCCCUGGCUCAUCAUAUAUAAAAUUAAUGGCUUUGACACCGGUAUCUGUUUUACCAGCUCUUGAAGCUUUCCUUUCAUCUCUUGUAAAGCAAGAAAUGAGCCGCAUGCCACGUGGUAUUUAUCAUACAGCUCUGCGUGGUGGUAAUAUUAGAUCUGACCAAGGCAAAACUAUUGCAGGAGUCCCAAACUUCAUGCUAAAAAUGUACGAGAAGAAUAAACAGCCUGGCCUGAAACCUGGCCUUGCAGCUGGCAUGCUGCUGUGUUACGAUCUCCCAAUCCAGACAGACAAGGAUGGCAGGCCCAUUAAUCGUUUCCUUGCCAGUAGAGGGCGCAGCUACCAGCAGAUGUUAACCGCACUUAUCAAUGAGGUGAAUAUUCAGUCUUCAGAAUGGCAUCGCUCUAUAUUGCUGCCCCAGUCAUGGCUUGGCUUCAUGACAAGGACAUACCAUGCUGUUCUGCAAGGAAGGCAAGCUGAACUGGAAAUGCAGCUGAAACAUGGAAAGGAUGACCCACAAGAGCUUCAGUACAAAACAUUUACAGCUUGGUUGUGGGUAAGGGAUGCAUUGACCGAUGUCAUUAGGUGUGCUGUGAAAGACAGUCCUGUGGUGAAGGGAAAUUCUCUGUUGGCAUUGACUGGACUUGCUGUGGCUGUAUCAAAAUAUGAAAGCAGUCUUCCAUCAGAAACAGAGGGAGCCCCAGAGAUUGAGCCUGAUAUUCUUCCCACAAGUGCUUGGAUCACCAUGGUUCUUGACACCCUUUUGAGUACUGUGGACAAUCAUUAUCAACCGAAAGGAAGAAUCUUCCCUUGGUUCCAACAUAAAUCUUACUCUGGAGAAAACACAGCGAGUGUUAUUGCUAGGUCCUGUGCUGCCACAGCUCUUUCCCUGCUUGUACCCGUACUUGUUGUUUCUAAUAAAGAGAAGGUGGAAGAUAUUCUUAACAUCUUGACAGCCAGGCUACCUGGAAAGCCAUUAGCAGAUGACUCUCAGUCGCUUCAGAUACACAUGGGACUUGCGGUUGGCAUGUUCAUUUCCAGAUUGUUCGAGGAGAAAGUCAGUGAUGUAUCUGGUCGGCAAAUGAAUCUACUAAUGAUGAGGUCUCUGGAUGCACUGGAAAGUUGCUGCUUUGACCAAAGCCUGGAAUACAACAUGGGCUGCAUUCUGGGAGUGGGCCUUGUUUUGUCUUUUAUGUGUCAGAGCAGCCAAACUGAUAGCCAGGUUCAUGUUUCUACUACUCUGCGCAAAUUUUAUAUGGCCUUGAGUGAAGACAAGAGCAGAACAGAGCAAGAAGGUUUGUCGUACUCUUUGGCCUGUGGGACAGUGUCGGCGUUCAGUGCUGGAAUCCUUAGUGCUGAAGAAGCUGAAGAGCAUAUGAACAAGCUGCGUUUGAUGACAGAGCAAAAUCAACAGACUCCUGGCUUAGCUCUGGCACUUGGAAGUAUUGUCCAUGGUUUGUCCAUUUGUGGACAUGGGAAGGCAGAAGAUCUAAAUAACAGAUUGCUGCCUGCCUGGAUGAAGAUUCUUCUUGCAGAGGGUUGCCCCACAAUGCAACGGCUGGCGGCUAUUAAUGGCCUUGUGGCACUGGUAGGAUCAGAAUCUGCAUUGAUACAACUUAAAUCUGAAGUAAUCCAUUCCUCACAGUUUCAAAGCAAGCUUAACGAAGUAAUUAGAGCCAUAACUCAGAUUGUUAGUUUUUCUGGAGCAAUCGGACUGCAGACAAAUGCCGCAUGGAUUCUUGGUCAUCUACACUUAUCCAGCAUUUCAUCUUCUCAAAGCAGAACGUCUAUUCCUCCAGAUUUCAGCUAUCUCCCUGAAAGAAGUCUAAUUCGGGCUGUAGUGGACUUUCUUAUUUCCGCUGGCAAGAAAGGCCCUGAAUCUCUUCCACCUUGCUUAGUGAAGGUCUGUAUAUCUUCCAUUGCUGCUGCUGCAGAGGGACAUCAAUAUCCACCCGUUAACUGGGCAUCCAUUCUCGCCCCUCUAAUGAGACUCAACUUUGGGGAAGAUACCCAGCAACUUUGUAUUCAAAUAGCGGUGACACAGGCCCAAAGCUCACAGAAUGCUGCACUGCUUCUUGGGAUGUGGCUGGUGCCCCCACUGGUUUAUAGUCUAACAGUACAGUGUCGUUCCUAUCUUUUAAACUCCCUAUCUCUGUGGAUGAAGCAUGUAUCUGAAGAUAAGCUACAGACCUUCUCUGACUUAUUUAUAGUGACUCAGUUUGAGACCCAAAGCAAGAUGGUGGAUUUGUGUUGGAGCAUUCUACAGGGACUUAAGCAAGCUAUGAAACUUCCAAACCCCCCGCAGCAUUGCUGGAGCUUUCUGUGCAAAACCACAGAGAAAAUUGUUCACCUUUUACCAAGCAAGAUUCAGAAGACAGAUGUUGGACUGUAUGUUGAAGUUGCACAGUGUGUGUCAGAGAUGGCAGAUAGUGAGGUUGAGCGGAUAUCUCGCAUUUCAAAGGACAACAUAGAGAAAGCUACCUUUUUGCGAGCAUAUCUGGUCUCACAGGGGCGCUUACCAUUGUCAUGCUUGAAUGAUGUUAUUGAAGUGGCAACCAAGUGCAGGGAGAAACAAACCAUCGUAUGGAUGCUGCUGCAGGUGUUCUACCAAGCCCGUCUCACAAGUCACCCAAACACAGGAGUUCUGAAAAGGAUGGAAUGGCUGCUUGACCUAACUGUUCAUAUUAGAAAUGCAGUCAAUCAGAACAUUUCCGUGAGCAGUGUGGAUCACUCAGAGGAAGUAGAGUUCCUGCUGCAGGUAUUUGCAGCCUCAGUGGUGUCAUGGGCUGAUCAUGCAUCUCCCCUGCUUAUAGGAGUCAGUGCCAACUGGAUGGCAUGGAAGGAGGAAGAACCAUGUAGUACAUAUUUGGGCACGGGUUCAGUGGAUGUGGUAACUGUACAGCAGUGUUUAACCAUCCUUCCCCACAGUAUGCAACUCUUGGUGGCCAAAGAGCCUUGGAAAGAACAUGCCCAAAAGAUCAUCGAUUGGCUAACAAACCUUCUUGAGUGUCCCAAGGAAGCCAUAUUGGAAACAUCAAGAUCCAUCUUAAAAGCCACGCUGCUAAGCCUAAGGGGCCUUCCAGAGUUUAAGAGGAAAGUUGUGUGGACAAGGGCCUACGGCUGGUAGGUUCCUUUUUGAAGAGUCAAAGCCCAGAAGACUUGCUCUAAAAAUAGGAGCUGCAAGGAAGAAUUAGACAUUUCCUUUAUUAAUAAAAUCUUAAAACAAAGAAUUUGUUUCUUCACCAACAAAUUUGUUUAAAUGUGCCUUCCCCAAAACUGGUCAUCUGAAAAUAAACAUUGUUUUUAAAAUG